AUGGCGGCGCCGUCGGCAGCCAUGCGCAAGAAGCUGCAGCGCAAAUUCCGGCUGCGUGGCUUCACCCUCAAAGUUGACGCCCUCGAGGAGGCGGCCGCCUUCCUCGCCCGCUUCCCCGACGCCGAGGACGAGGCCCUCGACCUCCUCCUCGACGAGCUCGACAAAGAGCCGCUGAAGUCGUCGAUACUGGACCGGGACGCGGUCCGUCGCGUGGUGUCCCUACUGGUCGAGGCGGAGGAGGCGGUCGACGCGGCAUCGCCUUCCGCCACCAGCGUCCAGGCGGCGCUGCGGGUGGUGGACUCGUUCGUCGUGCCGCGGUUCCACUACGACCCAAUCAAGAAAGUGUUCUACGAGCAUACUGGAAGAUUAGCCCUCCAUGGAGAAGCUGGAGAUAAAGCCGCCCUUUACAGGGAUAGAUAUCAAGUGCUGCUUCAGAGGCUCGCUCGUGAUAAAUAUUUCUCCAAGCCAGCUUUUGAGUCUGUUAUGACUGAAAAUGAAAGUUGUGAGAUUACUUCCAUACAGUCCUUAGUUGGGUGUACUGGGCGGAGAUGGAUCAUGGGGGUCAUAUCGCAGUUGGAGGAACGCCAGUUCUACUUGGAGGAUCUUACUGGAGCAGUGCCAAUUGACUUGGCGAAUGCAAAAAUCACUUCAGGUUUCUUUGUUGAAAACACAGUGAUUGUAGCAGAAGGAGAAUUACUUUCAAGUGGCAUUUUCCAGGUCAAUACCUGUGGGUUUCCUCCCUUAGAGGACAGAGAAACAUCACUUUCACUGCUUAUGGGUCUUGAUUUCUUUGGUGGAGGUGUUAUACCAACUGAAGAAGCACUAAGAUUGUCAUCACUAGAAAAUAAGGCUGUGAAUGACAUGUUUGUCAUUCUUUCAGAUGUUUGGCUCGACAGUUAUGAGACUAUGGAGAAGUUGGGUGUUGUUCUUGAUGGCUAUGAAAGUGUGGAAGUAGUUCCUUCUCUCUUUGUUCUAAUGGGAAAUUUCUGCUCCCGGCCCUGCAAUCUGGCAUUCAAUUCGUUUGAAGAACUCAGAUUGCAGUUUGGAAAGCUUGGUGAGAUGAUCGCAUCUCGAACUAGGUUAAAGGAACAUAGUCGUUUUUUAUUCAUUCCUGGUCCUGAUGAUGCAGGACCUUCUAAAGCUCUCCCAAGGUGUGCGCUCCCAAAGUAUCUAAUUGAGGAACUUCAGAAGCACAUCCCAAAUGCUAUAUUUGUAAGCAACCCCUGCAGGGUUAAGUUUUAUACACAAGAAAUAGUGUUUUUCCGGCAAGAUCUCCUUUACAGGAUGCGGCGGUCAUGCUUGAUUCCACCAACAACGGAAGAAACAAGUGACCCAUUUGAACAUCUAGUAGCAACUAUCACCCAUCAGAGUCAUCUGUGUCCAUUGCCUCUUACAGUGCAACCUAUUAUAUGGAACUACGAUCAUUGCCUACGGCUAUAUCCAACUCCUGACAUGAUAGUAUUGGCUGACAAGAGUGAGCAGAAGGCCUUCAAAUAUACAGGAAUCACUUGCUUCAAUCCUGGUUCUUUUGCGAACGACAGCACUUUUGCAGCAUACCGUCCUUGCACUAAGGAGGUUGAGCUUUCUGCAUUAGAAAGCUACUAA